GGCCGCGGCCGACACACGACCGCCUGCCUGCGGGCGACUCGUUUGCGAAAUAAUGCCACUGUCUACCCGUCGCCGAAAUAGCCAGUGAACGCGGCGAGCGCGGAGAUGCCGCGCAAGUAAACAGUGCUGCAGUACCCACAGCAUCGCGCCCGAACCAGGAGCCCCACAAUGUGCCUAUGGAUAGUGCCUAUAAUCACCGUGGUCCUUUUCAAUUCGGCUGACACCAGGGAAAUAAGCUCACCGGACGGCGCUACCCUCGAUAACCAUGUGUCAUCGGGCAACAGAUCACAGCGGUUCCUAUUCGACGCAAUCUUCGGUUUGGAGGUGCCCAUACUAGAGGAGCAGAGCAUAGAAGACGACGACGAUGACCCUCAAGUUCAGAAAUGCUCUUGUGAGUGCGGCAGAGCAAAUCCACUGCCUAGGAAGAUGGAGUGUGGCGGGUCGAACCAGGAGAAUCGGAUCGUGGGCGGCAUGCCAGCGGGCGCCAACCGGUACCCGUGGAUGGCGAGGAUCGUGUAUGACGGCCAGUUCCACUGCGGCGCGUCGCUGCUCACCAAGGAGUACGUGCUCACGGCAGCUCAUUGUGUCAGGAAGCUGAAACGCUCUAAGAUCCGCGUAAUCCUCGGCGAUCACGACCAAACCAUCACUACGGAGAGCGCGGCCAUCAUGCGUGCCGUCACCGCCAUCGUCCGUCACCGCAGCUUUGACGCGGACUCGUACAACAACGAUAUAGCGCUGCUCAAGCUGCGCAAGCCCGUCAACUUCUCAAAGAUCAUCAAGCCUGUCUGCUUGCCGCCAGCUAAUGUGGAACCGUCUGGCAAGGAGGGCAUAGUGGUCGGGUGGGGUCGGACGUCGGAGGGCGGCCAGCUGCCGGCCAUCGUGCAGGAGGUGAAGGUGCCUAUCCUCUCGCUCACCCAGUGCCGCGCCAUGAAGUAUCGGGCUUCAAGGAUCACUAACAACAUGCUAUGUGCGGGUCGCGCCUCGACGGAUUCGUGCCAAGGCGACAGCGGUGGCCCACUGCUCAUACAAACUGGUGACAAAUUCCAAAUUGUUGGCAUAGUAUCAUGGGGGGUCGGCUGCGGUCGGCCAGGCUACCCCGGGGUCUACACACGAAUCACCCGCUACUUACCGUGGCUGCGCGCAAACCUGCGCGACUCAUGUCUUUGUGCCAACUGACGAUC